UCAACACAUAGUGCGGUAAAGUCACUUACAACACACUCACGUCUUAUAUCGGUUGGAUUUCGAACUAAGCAGGUUAGGACUUCAAGUAAUAAUCAGAUUUUAAGGAGUCAUGGAUGAAAGUUUACAUUCUUCACUAUCAGAAGAGGAUUCAUUAAAUAAAGAGCAAUCUUUACCUGAGGAGAACAAUGAACCCAGAACAACACAUCAGUCUGAACAGGUGGAGGAUACAGCACAGGUGGAGUCAUCACUGUGUGGAGGAGAGGAGUUAACCCUCAUCACAGAAAGCAUGUCCAUCACAUCAUCUGAUGAAGAGAAACUUCAACUCCUCAACAAAAACACUGAACUCCGCCGACUCAACAAAGAGCUGAUGAAACUGAAUGAGGAGUGGGAUCACAUCUAUCACAGCACAAGUAUAGGUCUCCAGCAGCGUGUUUCAGCUCUUGAAGAGGAGAGCUCAUCCCUUAAACAGCUUAACAGCAGACUUCUCCUCAAAGUCGAACAUGAACAGAAUAAGAGGGAGUAUUACGAGCACACGUUAAUGCAGGAACUGAAGAAGAACCAGCACCUUCAGGAGUACAUCAGACUGCUGGAGAGUCGCCUGCACCAGACUGACAUCAACCACUGGACUUUAGGGACACACAAGACCACAGAUGUUCACCUACGAGCUGCUAAGCCUUCUGUGGAUGUGCGGUCCACAGCUGGGCUUUCUGUGUCCACAAGUAUAAAAUCCGGGCGUAGACUGUCUGGCACUGGACAGGAGAAUGACAGCAAUGCAGGAAGAGAAGUGCAGGAUCUUAAGGAACAGCUGGAGGCUCUGCGGUGUCAGACAAAAAUUUAUGAGGCUGAUUAUAAAACUGAACAGAAAGAUCACGCGCGUAUGCUGCAGGAGAAUAAGAGACUGCGGCGCAGGGAGGGAGAGAUGCGUCAACAGAUGGCGCUGUUGCACGAGCAGCUGAAGGUGUACGAGGAUGACUUUCAGAAAGAGCAUACAGACAAGCGGAUUCUCCAGAAGUUGUUGAUGAAUAAAACACCUGCCAUUAAAGAUCCCAUCCUGGUACAUCGCUGCAAUAAUGAUGAAGAUGUGUCCAGAACAGAGAGAAGAAAACAGAAAGAAGAGCGACGGGUCGGACACGUCUGUCCAAAACAUUGUGAACAUCACAGGCAGCUGGACUUUCCCUGAACAAAAACUCACUAAAGCAUUAUUAUUUUUUUACGACCAAAAUAAACUAAUAUUUAUUUAUUUUAAAUUUUUGUGUUAGAUUUAGAAAAAUGUACUUAUUUUUGUAAUAUUCUGCACUAGAAUUGCAUGUGAACAGUGAAUAAAAAUUUCAACAGCCAUUGGAACAGCCCAGUGACUGAGAAGAUGACACGUCAAACAAUACUGUACAUGUGAAAACUCUGUUAUCUUAAUAAGCUCUUUCAUUGAUAUUCUGUUUAUUUACUUUCAUUCCUAUGUUACUGAGUACAUAAGAGUCUAAAAUAUAUUCUCAGACCUUUAAAGGUUCUCUAAGCGAAUCUGCGAGACGUUAGUUAUAGAGACAGAGCGCCGCGCGUCAUAACCUGAAAACCACGCCCACCGGGGGGAAAACAAUCCAACCGUCUCCAUUGACUUUAGGUGUGUUCGACAUCGGCUGUGGCUGGAUGUAACCGAUCGGCGAGAUUAGCCGCGUGCAGGCGGGGAGGAGCUGAAAACGGAGACGUGAAGUCGGACGCGCUGUGGUUCCCGUAGUUUGCUGCAUUUACGUCAGGCAUGGCUGAUCACGUGCCGUUUGCUUGCUUAAUCGCAUUCAACAUGAUUUGUAAGAUGUAAACUACAUAAAAAGUGAAUUAUUCUGUUUUGAAUGUCCGUGUAUGAGUGGAACUGAAGAGGCUUACAGCAUCUGUUUUUACAAGAAUAAAGUUUAACAGAAGCAUAAAUUAUUUAAAUACCAAUGUAGUGGGGUCUACGUUUUUGUAUCCAUUUUAUUUUGAUGAAGAUGACACAAUAUAACAUCGCGACUACAUGAAAAGAGCUUUAACUGUUAUAAAAAUACAGAUUUGUGAGCAUUUGUGGAACUGAGGGCGUGAAAAUACACACGAAACACACGUGAUUGUUGUCAUGUGGUGAAUCCGACCAAUCUUGAAACAGCUGUGUCGUCAUUACAGCCCGUGCAGCUCCUCUUCGGGAACUGCGCUGGCUAACUCAGGCGGCUGAUCUCGGACCGCUCUCGCGGUACUUAAAAACCAUAUGACACAGUCACGUGCCUGCAGCGCCAGCUUAAGUCGGACAGAAAUACUAACCGGAAUGCACUGCUUCAAGUCAGCCGCCGAUCGGUCUGCGCAGCGCCGCAUGAAGU